GGCCGCGGAGUGAGCGCGCGGCAGGGCCUGGCCUCGCCUCAGCCGACCAUGGCGCCCAGCGGUGAUUUAAUGGGGGCGGCCGAAGACCUGGCCGAUCAGUUUUUGCGUGUGACGAAGCACUACCUACCUCACCUGGCUCACCUUUGCCUCAUCAGCACCUUCUUGGAGGACGGCAUCCGGAUGUGGUUUCAGUGGAACGAGCAGAGAGACUACAUCAACUUGUCUUGGGGGAGCGGCAUCAUCGUGGCCACGCUGUUCGUGCUCAUCAACAUGUGCGGGCAGCUGGCUGGGUGCGUGCUUGUCCUCGCCAGAAAAUUUGUUCCUUAUGCGUGCUUUGGCCUCUUUGGAAUAAUCUUCAUGCAGACAAUUGCCUACAGUAUUUUAUGGGACCUCAAGUUCUUGAUGAGGAAUUUGGCUCUCGGGGGUGGGUUGCUCCUGCUGCUUGCGGAGUCUCGUUCCGAGGGAAAGUCCAUGUUUGCCGGAGUCCCGACCGUGGAUGACAUCUCGCCCCGGCAGUACAUGCAGCUGGGGGGGCGCUUGCUCCUCGUCCUCAUGUUCAUGACGCUGCUGCACUUCGAACUCGGCGCCUUCACCAUCUUCCAGGACAUCUUUGGCAUGGUGCUCAUCAUUUUGGUGGCCAUUGGCUUCAAGACCAAGCUGGCUGCCCUGACCCUCGUGGCCUGGCUCUUUGUCAUCAACAUGAUCCAGAAUGCAUUCUGGGACAUCCCCACGUACCGCCCCCUUCACGACUUCCUCAAAUACGACUUUUUCCAGACCAUGUCUGUCAUAGGCGGCCUGCUGCUUGUGGUGGCCCUGGGACCCGGGGGGGUUUCCAUGGACGAGCACAAGAAGAAGUGGUGAAGACAGAUCGGGAAAGAGGGC